CUCCAUUUAUUCUUCCGACAAAAAGAGCAUCCUGUCAGCUGUUAAGAGUUUUCCGUUCCCGCGUCGGCCCGCCUGGUCCGGGAGAGCUAGGCACGCUGUGCUGCGGCGCGGCGCCGGGGCGCCCUCGCCGGCACCAUGGCCCGAAAUGCAGAAAAGGCCAUGACUGCCCUGGCAAGAUUUCGUCAAGCUCAGCUAGAAGAGGGAAAAGUCAAGGAACGAAGACCCUUUCUUGCUUCUGAAUGUACUGAGUUGCCCAAAGCUGAGAAAUGGAGACGACAGAUCAUUGGAGAGAUCUCAAAAAAAGUUGCUCAGAUUCAGAAUGCUGGCUUAGGGGAAUUCCGAAUUCGAGACCUCAACGAUGAAAUUAACAAGCUGCUAAGAGAGAAAGGCCACUGGGAGGUCCGGAUCAAGGAACUGGGUGGUCCUGAUUAUGGAAAAGUUGGCCCUAAGAUGCUGGAUCAUGAGGGUAAAGAAGUCCCAGGAAACCGUGGUUACAAGUACUUUGGAGCAGCAAAAGACUUGCCUGGUGUCAGAGAACUGUUCGAGAAAGAACCCCUCCCUCCUCCCAGAAAGACACGUGCUGAGCUCAUGAAGGCGAUCGACUUUGAAUAUUAUGGUUACCUGGAUGAAGAUGAUGGAGUUAUUGUGCCUUUGGAACAAGAUUAUGAAAAGAAACUCAGAGCUGAACUGGUAGGAAAAUGGAAAGCAGAGAGAGAGGCUCGGCUGGCAAGGGGAGAAAAGGAAGAGGAGGAGGAAGAGGAAGAGGAGGUCAACAUCUAUGCUGUCACCGAGGAGGAGUCUGAUGAGGAAGGCAGCCAGGAGAAGGCAGGGGAAGAUGGUCAGCAGAAGUUCAUUGCUCAUGUUCCGGUGCCGUCGCAGCAGGAGAUCGAGGAGGCGCUUGUACGGAGGAAGAAAAUGGAACUGCUCCAGAAAUAUGCCAGUGAGACCCUGCAGGCACAGAGUGAAGAAGCCAAGCGGCUCCUGGGGUACUAGGAUGAGUCAGAGCCCUUCUUGGACUCUGGGAGAUCUGGUGGGUGUGCUUGUGACCCCCCUGGGCCUACCAUCCUCAUAGCUACCCUGGGCUGGCUAGUGCUGGGAGGCUCUGUGCCUUUCUCAUCCUUCAUCUGUCUCUCUCCUUUUCUGGAGAUGUGAGCUGGCUUGAUGGUAAGGCCCUGUCCCUGACUUUCCAGUAAGAUGUCAGGGUACCGAAGACUAACCAUCACCUUUUAGAGAUACUUUUGCUACCAUAUGGAUCCAUUUGUUUUGGAAAGUGUAAAAUCAACUCUCUGUCUGGAAAUUCAUUCUGCCUUGUACUGACUUCGGGAAAAGAGAAGGAUUAAUUAGUAACCAACAUUAAAAAAUGAAUGAUUUUUAUUCAAAUCAUAUUCAAAUUCAAAGACAUAUCUUCUCUAGAAAACUGAGAUGGUGUGUCUCCCCUGAGAUGGAACUUCACUGUCAGUAGUAGAGCCAUCCCCUUGUGCCGGGCACUGCUUUACUUUGUCACGGUCCCCCUCUGUGUGAACCUGCUUCUCCCUCUCCUAUCUUGUGGACAGGAAUUCUAAGUUUGCAACUUUACUUUUAUAACUUGUUUCAGAGAAAGCUUCUUUUAUUAAAAUUUUUAAUAAGAAAGGAAA